AUGGUCUUCACAAAAGUCCCAAGUGAGGAAGUCAUUGGGAGCGGAAAACUAAACGUUGUUUCCAUCAACCCAAGUUACGAGCUGUAUGGACACAAGGCCAAAAUUCUGGCCCAGAAACGCUGGCGAACCUUGUAUACGCACCGCUCACUAAACUUUUCCAAAACCGACACCCCGGUCACAUUGACAUGGACUAGCGAUGCUGGCUUCAAGACCUGGGACUUCGUUUGUGUAGAUGAGCAGCAGAAUGCUGUGGCUAGGUUCUCGGCCAACCCGUGGGCUGUUACGAACAUUGGCAAAAUCGAGUUCGACGGUCCCAAGAAGAAUGAAAGAGCCGCGCAGGAGGAGAUUUUGGUUACGGGAAUCACGCUGUGCUAUUGCAUUUUUGUUCGCUGCAACAAUGUAUUCAAUCUCUUUGGUGCUAUCUUUUCUCGGCCGGGGAGCAAAGCACACAUUGACCCUCAACCAAAUCCUGUGUCUGGCGAAGAAGUUUCGGACCGGCCCUGA